AUGCCUCGAAAGCAGCAAGACGAUUCCAUCCCUUUAAUUGGUCGUGCCCGUAGCAGCGGACGGGGACGUGGUCAAAGCACCAGAGGUCGUGGCCGUGGACGUGGAGGCCCUGCUCCUACCGCAUCCAGUGCUACCAUCGAACCAUCUGGAUCGUCUCCAGCGCCGUCUAGUGUUGCUUCUUCUCUCGCCAGUGUCGAGUCACUUGCGUUGCAGCUUGAGGAAAAGACGCAUGUAUCCGACACUCCGCAGCUCGUGCCGUCGCUCGUGCAGACGCAUUUUCCCUCUCGUCCUGGUUUUGGCAAACUUGGCAAACCUGUGAAACUUUAUGCAAAUCAUUUCAAAGUGAAAUUUAAUUUGACUGGUGAUGUGUAUCAUUAUGACGUGACGUUUGCAGAAAACGGACGGAGUUUUGGGAAUGAUGGUCCUCCCAAAGCGUUAGCCAUGAAGAUUAUGAAGUCCCUUAUGGCGGAACUGGAACGUCAAUUUCCCACUGUAAAAGUCGUCUCGGAUGCUCGAAAGAACAUUUAUGCACCCACAAGACUGCCUUUUGAACGUCAGGAGUUUAAAGACUUGAAAUUACCUGAUGAUGGAGGAAAAGCAAAGGAGUUUUCAGCUAUUGUAAAGGAAGCCGACCCUGUAGCCAUUCGGAUGCAGCAAUUAGAAGAAUUGUUUGCUGGACGGUUGAAUUAUACACCCUAUGAUGCCUUACAAGCACUGGAUGUGGCUUUACGUCAUUCGGCAUCCAAGAAGUUUACUGUGAUUGGUAGGAAUUUGUUUCAUGGCAAUGGAGCUACAUCACUUGGAGAAGGAGCAGAGCUUUGGUUUGGCUAUUUUCAAAGCUUACGAGCAACACAGAAUAGACUGGUUGUGAAUCUCGACUUGGCUGCUACAGCUUUUGUCGAAGAGAUGUCUGUAGUUGAUUUUGUAUGCACGACACUGUCGAUGCGACAGAUGCCAACGACAUUGGCCAAGUACCAGCAUUCAGCAUUCAGUAAAGCUAUUCGAGGUGUUAAAGUGAAUAUCACGCAUCGUCCAGGAGUGAAACGUAGCUAUCGUGUCAAUGGCUUGUCAAAAGAGAGUGCCGACAAGACGUUCUUUGAGAAUGACGACGGACAGAGAAUGUCGAUUGUCCAGUAUUUCCAGAAGACGUACAAUAUCCGUCUUCGGUACCCAAGCCUGCCGUGUCUACAUGUUGGUGCACCUCAGAAGAAAAACUAUUUGCCAAUAGAAGUGUGUCAUAUCAUGGCUGGACAAAAGUGUCCCCGUAAAGUUACGGACAAACAAGUGGCUAAUAUGAUCAAGUUCACUUGCACGCCACCAGACAAGCGUAAACGUGCAAUCGAGCAGAAAUUCCGAGAGGCGGGAUUCAAUACGGACCCAACGCUUCGAGCAUUUGGACUAGAUGUCGACCCGAGAAUGGUGGAGACGACUGGCCGCCAGCUGCCACCUCCGACGAUUGAGUACAGUGGAGGCGCUCGUGAGAGCCCUCGUGAUGGAGCUUGGAACAUGCGUGGCAAGCGGUUCAAUACGCCUGCGCAGUGCAAGUCGUGGGCCGUCAUCAGUAUGUGUGACCCGAAACGUUGCAGUCUUGGUGAAAUCCAAAAGUUUUUCAAGGCAGUAAUUGCUCAGAUGGGCCAACUGGGAAUGCGGUGUCCUUCAACGUUGCCGCCGAUCUUGCUCAAGUCGAACCGAGGCGAUUCAGUACGUGGGUUGUUUCAAGCCGCAGUGAAGGCUGCAAACCAAGCGUUCAAGACACCGCCACAAAUCGUGUGGAUGAUCAAUCCGAUGGCCGAUGCACAAGCUUAUGGCGGGCUCAAAUUGAUGUCUGAUACGGAAGCUGGGAUGGGGAUUGUGUCACAGUGCAUGCUUUCGAAGCAUAUCCCAAAGUGCAAUCCACAGUACAUUGCCAACAUCUUGAUGAAGGUGAACACAAAGUUGGGUGGGAAGAACGGUGUCAUUAGUGGUCCACUGCCGUGUGUUUCGGCAUCACGCACCAUCAUCUUUGGAGCCGACGUCACUCACCCCAGCCCGAUGGACCGGACGCGUCCGUCUAUUGCUGCUGUUACGGCGUCGAUGGAUGCAAACUUCAUCCGUCACGCAUCGGCAAUCCGCGCGCAAGGUCAUCGAGUGGAACAAAUAACGCAUUUGAAAGACAUGACGAUCGAGCUCCUGAAGCAGUUCUAUCAUCAGACACACGGCAAGCCUGAUCGUAUCGUGUUUUACCGCGACGGUGUGAGCGAAGGACAGUUCCACAUGGUGCUGAAUUAUGAGGUGACGGCUAUCCGUGAAGCGUGCCAGGCUCUGGAGGUUGGCUAUAUGCCGCCUAUCACGUUUGUUAUUGUUCAGAAGAGACACAAUACGCGCUUUUUCCCUGACAAUUCGAGAGAUGCUGACCGCAGUGGCAACGUGAAGGCGGGAACUGUAGUGGAUACGGGCGUUUGUCAUCCCAUUGAGAACGACUUCUAUCUGAUGAGCCACGCUGGACUGCAAGGUACCAGUCGUCCUACGCACUACCAUGUGCUUUUGAAUGAGAUUGAGUUCACAGCCGACGAGCUGCAGACGCUGACAUACAAGCUUUGUUACACGUUUGCGCGCUGCACUCGGUCUGUAUCGAUGGUGCCGUCGGCAUACUACUCGCACCUGGUCGCGUUCCGUGCUCGUUUCUUCUUGGUGGAUGGGAGCGACACUGCUUCAAGCGUUUCUGGUGUUAGUAAUACCUCUCAGGAUACGGACACCCGCAUGUACGACGUCCACCCAGCCAUGAAGAGCGCAAUGUACUUUGUGUAA